AAUCCAAUUGAUAUCGACGGUCAACAAUCGACAUACGGUAGGUCACCCCUACUUACAGUUAUUUCUAAAUUCUGUUGAUGAUUUAUUAUUAAAUUACAUUAUUUAUUAUAGCAGUACUGAUUAAUAGCAUGCCUUCUGUUCGUGACGAAGCUGUUUUAAAUGCCAUAUUUAAUCCCCUGUUGCCAGUUUCCACUAAACAGACAGAAGACGUUAUAGUGCAGGAUAAAUCAGAUUCUUACAAAGAAAAUGAAGAAGUUACUAAAGUAAAGCAACUUGAACUUGAGGGCGUGCAUGCUGCUGAAAAAGGUGACCUCGAUGCUGCAUUGGAUGCUUUCAAUAGGGCUUUGCAGGUAAUGCCAGAGAGGGCAUCAUGCUACAAUAAUCGAGCACAGGCCUUCCGAUUGAAAGGUGACAUCAAAGGUGCUUUGGAGGACUUGGAUAAGGCGAUUCUACUGAGCGAAGGUGAAGGAAAAGCAGGUCGCCAGGCAUACGUUCAACGGGGAUUGAUCCGGAGGCUACAAGGCCAGAACGAAUCAGCGUUGGAUGACUUCCAGAAGGCUGCAGAUUUAGGCAGCGAGUUCGCCAAGGGGCAAGUGGUCCAGUUGAAUCCUUAUGCGGCAAUGUGCAAUCAAAUGUUGACCGAUGUCUUCCAACAAUUGAAGACCGGGCACAACCCGGAUGAAUAGAAUCUAAAGCUUUACCAUCUGUGUUAACAUGUUUGCUACCAGGGACGCGAGUUUACGCCUCUGGCAGGGUUCAAUCAAGUCACCAAGGAUGCGAGUUCAUGUUCACACCUGUCUAAAGAUACCACUAAUGUAUUGCAUGGAAACUCGCUGGCAGUGGUCACCAGACCGUGAACUCUCGCCCUGGAGGUUCAUGGAAGAACCUUGGAGUAACAGUCUAAAAAUAGCCACCUAUGUUUGUGUUUCAUUAGUUGAUAGGAAUGAUGUGCAUUAUGGUGGCACACUCAGCAGCAGCUCUAGUGGGGGGGUGGAUAGGGUGGCUAGUCAUCCCCUUCUCCUACCAUGAAAAAAAAUAGUCACUUGUCUUCUGUGUGUGCUUCUCGUGCAUACAUAUUACGUGUAGGCUACUCUGAUAAAACAUACACUUUCUAUUAGAGUCUAGCCGUCUACUAAUUCCAAAACAAUCUCAAGUGGGAUGGAAAAUCAGAUAGAACUUGUGUUUAUUUUUCGUUCUGUGUCUACCAUAAUUUAAAGUUAUAUAUAUUUUAUUUUAUCUUUUUGAUUUUAAUUUUGUAGGAGUGGUUGGCCCAGCGGUUGAGCUUAGGAAUCUUGAGGUCGGGGUUCGAACCUUCACUAUGCAUUUUCCUUGGGUCCUAGGGCAAGGAAUUUUCUCUCUACCCAGGAGAAUAGGUACCUGGAUGAAAUUUUACUAGGGAGGUUAAACAGGUAGCGUGGAAAGGAACUGGGCACCCUACCACACAAUGCCAAUGGGCUUGUAACAGCUCAUUUCCCUAUGUUCAGUAAUGUUUAUGGUACUCUUUUUAUCUUAAAUGAACAAUGUAUUUUUUUUCCAAUUUAAUUUUUUGAUGUGAUAUCAAUUGAUUUAUUAGGAUUUACAUGUAUGCUUGUUUGAGUUCAACUCAACUCCAAUGCAAAUUAUUUGCCAGCAUCAUAGGAUUAAAGAUGUACUGUCCAUGAAAAUGACAAAAAUCAUUAAAAAAAUUAUUUUGAAAUUAACUUUCUCAUUUUGAGCAUAAAUUGAAUUGAAUUUAAAAUUGUAUACCUGAUUUUUAAAAUUGUAUAAUUGUAAUAAAACUAAUGAAACGCUUCCAGUGACUGGAAAUUUUCUAUCAAUUUUCGCUUUUAAAAUCAUUGGUAAACAUUUUUUUAAUGCACUAUUACUCUAUGUUCAAGUUGAUAAUUAUAUUUUAAUUCAAAAUUGAUAAGUGAAUUUCAAUUUUUUUUUUUUUUGGUAUUUUGCAUGGGAUAAUACUUUUUUAAAUGUAAUGUAUUAUAAUGCAAUAUUGUUUCUUCUUUUAAUCUCUAUACAGAACAUUUGUAAUAUGUCGACCCUGCCUUAUAUCGGUAACUCUUAAAGGAUGGUUCUUAAAGGGUUUAAUUUAUUUUUGCCCAAAUUUUUAACUACAGUACACUUUAGUCAAGUUAGGAAAAUACCUAAUUACUGCUAUACAGUAAUUUUUUUCUAUUGACUGCUAUACAGUAAUUUUAUUUGAUAUGAAUUGAGCAAAACAAUAUUCACUAGGCAUAAAUAAAGUUAUUUUGAGUGAUUUAGAUAUACAUCUUGUACUGCUGGAACAUUUAAAAACACUCGAAACAUGUUUCAUUGGUUAAAGUAUAUUUAAUAAACAAAUAUUUAUUAUCUCUAAA